GAGUUUGCGUGGCGUUUACGACUCUCCCUCUAGACAAAGACAUACUAUUAAAUCAUAGCCGCCUUUCAACUUUAAUUCAUCUUGGCUACCUAUACCCAUAGUAAUUAAUACCCUUAUGCUUGCACCAAUAUACCAAUUUCCCAUUAAUAUAUCUUCUUCUUCUUCUUCAAUCAAACAAAAACAAUCUCUCUCGACAUAUAUGGAGGAUGAUCGAAGAAUAGUAGAUGAAUUGGAGUGUUCAUCGUCAUCGAUGAUGAUGAUGAAAUCUGCAGAGAAAAAGGGGUCCAUGGAGAAGAAGUCGAGGAAACCUAGGUUUGCUUUUCAGACAAGAAGUCAAGUGGAUAUACUGGAUGAUGGUUAUAGAUGGAGGAAAUAUGGUCAGAAGGCAGUCAAGAACAACACAUUCCCAAGAAGUUAUUACCGUUGCACACAUCAAGGUUGCAAUGUUAAAAAGCAAAUCCAGAGGCUGUCCAAAGAUGAAGGGAUCGUAGUCACGACCUACGAAGGGAUGCAUUCCCAUCCCAUUCAAAACUCCACCGACAAUUUCGAGCACAUUCUCACUCAGAUGCAAAUCUACUCUUCCUUCUAACUCCUUAAAUAUAUUUACAAUUAAACCUAGCUAGAUACCAUGUAUCGAUCUUAAUAAUUUCGAUUCAUGGAUAUACAUAUUACGCUUAGAUGUCCGUCUAAAACUAGCUACAUCAUGUAUGGAACUCGCUUUCUCACUUAGAGGAGCUUUAUAAUUUUCAUUUUUCAACUACUUAUGCCAUUUACUUUGGUUGUAAAAAAAAUUAUUGAAAAAGGAUGAAUAAGAGGUGAUGAGGAAAUACUAUAUCUUUUUUAUCA